GGGAGUGUACAGCAACCCAGGGAUAUCACAACACCCAUCUUCACCUUGCUUUGACUCGUGGAUUGAAAUGUCAUCCUAAUGAUAAUCCUCCGGCUAUAAAGAACGUACUUUUGUGUGGCAGGUAAAAGACUCUGAUCAUGCAUGAGUAGUAUAGUUGCAUGAUAGCGCUAGCGACUACCAGCAUUGCCGUUUGUAGGAAAAAAUGGCGUAAUUUGAUUUUUGAAGCUAGCAUACAGUAUCCACAACAAAAAAGUGAAAAUCAAGUUUAGCCUGCGUGGCAAGCCCUCGUUAAAGCGGAAAUGACGAACGGAGAAUGAGGGCCUACAGGUGAUCACACGCCGUAGAUUUUUUGCAUGUAGGAUGUGAUUCGUCUUUUCCACUUUAACCAUGGAUUGUAAAAUAACUGGAUAGGAAACUUCCUGACGUCACAGUCUAAACCUAGUUGCAAUCUGUGACGUCACGCGUAUUGCCAAAGUUCUCAGCAUUUUUGUUGUUUCGCUAUAUUUUCCGCUUUAAAAGAGUAAUAUUGAAGCAUAAACUGGUCUAAUUGUUUUAAAAACAUGCCUAAGCCACGACAAAGUAUUCAAGGUAAAUGUUUUUCGUCUUUGUUUUGUAUUUUUUAACAUUUAUAGCUACGAAAUUGGCGUCGCCAAUUUUUACGAAAUUUGCGAUGCAUUUUUCACUGUUUAGUGCUUGAAAUAUUUGCUAAAAUUGACCGGGAAUACUUAGAGAUUUCAUCGUAGAAUGGCCUAGUUAUAUUUAUUUGCUCUUUGACUAAAAUGUUUAGCUGUAUUAUCGCUAAACAUGCCGUUUUUGAGAAUUUGGUUUGCAACUAGGUUUCAACGCCAUCAUCCCAUUGAAAAGAUUAGGUCACGUCAGCUAGUUUCCUAUCCAUGUGUUUUAUAUAUUAUCCAUGCUUUAACCCUCCGAGGGCCUUGGCAGUCUAAGUCUGUAAAGAUAAGAUGGUCUGGAACCCCGACAAACUUAAAAUCUGCAAAAUAGCAGAUGAUGGAUGUUGAACUGCACAGUACCUCACCGUGCACAAGUCCUUUGUCUUAACUUCAUUAAAUAUUACACAUCGUACGUUUCAUGUCAGGUAUCUUUUAUUAUUAUUAUUACUAUUAUUAUUAUUAUUAUUAUUACAUGUUUUUCACAGCUUUGUUCUUAUGCUGGCUAUGUUUUUCCUUGGAAGCUGGCUACAACCAGUAGCCUCAGGUCCCAAAGAUUUUAGCUUUCCAAGCUUCUUCUCAGUAUUCUUGCCGUCCCUAACAAUGCUGUUUUUUGUAGAAGUUCUAUUCUUAUAUGUAUUCCCAAUUUCUCAAUCCACUUAUCCAGUUUAUUACUAACUGCUCCUAAGGCACCUACUACUAUUGGAAUGACUUCUACUUUUUUCAGUGCCCAUAUUUUCCGAAUUUCCCUUUUCAACUCCUCAUACUUUUCUACCUUCUCUGUUUCUUUUAUACCAAUUCUACAGUCCCCUGGAACUGCGAUGUCUAUGAUCUUGCAUUCCUUUUCCUUCUUUAAAACCACUACAAUAUCAGGUCUUCGACAUUCAAUCACAUGAUCGCACUGUAUGUUAAAAUCCCAGAGAAUCUUUACAAUAUCUGAUUCAAUUACUCCAUUUGGUUGGUGUUCAUACCAUUUUUCAGCUUUCUCUAGUUGGUACAAACCACGUAGCUUCCAGUGUACAAUGCGAGCCACAUUGUCAUGUCUUCGUUUGUAUUCUUUUUGUGCUAGCUUUUUGCAUUCACUUAUCAAGUGUGUUAUAUGCUCUCCCUUUUCCCCACAAAGUCUACAGAGUGGAGACUCGACAGUUCUAUCUAUGUGAAACUUUACAUAAUUUGUCCUUAGAGCUUGUUCUUGUGCAGCACAAAGAAGUGCUUCAGUCUCAGGUUUCAAGUCUCCUUUCUUCAGCCACCACCAUGUCUUCUCCCUAUCCACUUCUUUACCUAAUUUCAUUUAUUUUGCAUCUAUCCACCUUCUUAAAUGUGAAUACUUUAUAAUCUUCUUCACCUUUCAUGAUCUCGAUUAUCCUAUCAACAAUCUCUUUCUCGUCCUUACUUAACUCUCCAUAUCCUUCAACUCUAAUACAUUCUUCUGCUCUAUCCUCAGAUUGCUCUGUUGUAUGUGUAUCUUCCCGAUAUUGUACAUUCCUUCCACUUGCUGUCUCCUCAUUUUCAUUUCUCAUUUCUCCAUUCAUGGUCAUAUCACAUCCCACUUCUUCUCUUUCCAAGUCACUUUCUCCAUGAUUUAUUUCCUCACUUAAUACUCUUUGUUUUAUACUCUCCAGUUCAAUGUCUGUUAACCAACCGUUCUUCCUUAUUGCUCUAGCUUGAUCACAAAUUCUUUGUUCUUUUGCGGGAAACACUCCUCUUUCAUUCCAGAUCCUAUGCAUUCGCUGUCGGUAUCCUCGUUGAGGUUUUCCAUUUUCGCUAAACGGCUUACUUAAAUAAAAGCACUCCAUUAUUACAACAUUGAUUUCUUUCGUCCAUUUCAAUCUUAUAGCUUCAGCAGUAGCAUGACGACUGGGCCUGUGCUGCUGAUCCACAGGACACCUGCCGGACAAGGGACCUUCACUAGUCGUUCCAGUCUCAUUUACGUCGUUGUCUUCUACAUUAGUAGUAUUCAUAUUUUUUCACCCAUAUAUAUGAGGUUCAUGUAAUGUGUACGGGUUGUAAGUCCAUCCUGUGUUGCCCGACUCUCAGGAUAAAGCUAUUACUGACAGGUGUCGCUACUUCCUAUCAGCCAUCGUUAGCGACCACAUGACGCAGUGGCCAUUCACUCAUCGACACGAUUGACAUCUUGAGUUACGAAUUGAUUUCGUCGUGGAACUACCACUAUAUGAGUUGCCAGCCAAGGCUGAAGAGCCUCAUAUGCCCUGGUUUAAAAUCAGAGUUUCCUUCUCCUAGGUGAACUACCAUCCAAGGUUGACGAGCUCCACCUACCCGAAGCAUUGGUUAUUUAAAGGCGCCAAUUACUCGCCUCUCGCCCCUUCUCCUGUUAGUUCCAAACAGUUCUGCCACGUGAAGGCCAGGAGCUGGACUUGACUGUCAGAGGCUUUAUGUUGCUCUUUGCCAUAUGGAGUAUUUUUUGGUAUCGGAUGCUCAUCUUCCUCAACUACUCCAGCAAUAACAGCCUUCAGAACCAUUAUUAUUAUUAUUAUUAUUAUUAUUAUUAUUAUUAUUAUUAUUAUUAUUAUUCAUCUUAUUUAAAAACGGUAGCCCUUCAGUUUAAACUGCUUUUCAAGGAGCCGUUAGAAUAUUUACAAAUAUGAAAAAUCUAUUAUACAUACUAACUAUAUAUAAAAAGAAAGCCCAUGCAGUGAACACUAGCUAUAUAUAACUAGAAAUAGUAUGUUAUGUUAUGUUAACCCUCCCAGACCCAACAAUUACUCCUUUGAAUCAAAAUCCGCCCCACAAGUGGUUAUCACACACUAUUCCUCUCCAAAUUGGUGAAAUAGUUGUUGAUUAAGGUUUUGAAGUUACUUAUGGAGAGCUCUUUAUAGUUGUUGGUAACAUCAUUUGGAAGAUUGUCCCAUGAUGCAGCACCAGAGCACCUCGAUAUGAAAACGAUUUCUUCAAGAAGUAUGUUUUAGGUUUUUCCAAAUAAAGUUUACAGUUAUUACUUCUUAACGGAUACAUAUCAUUUAGGUAAAUUUUAAAGAUGUUGGUCAUACGUUAUUGCAGUUGGGCUUGUAUAUAAGGCCUUAAAUGUCAUUAUAAUUUCUCUUUUCUUAAGAGUGGUUUCCAGUGUAAGAUAUUAAAUAUAUCUUUCGAUCUUACUUCGUAAGUUGACCGUGUGAUAAUUCGAGCCGUUCGUUUUUGCAUUUUUAAAAGCUUGUCUGUAUGUGUACGACUGCCGUCAUUCCACACGUUGGAGCAAUAGGUAAAGUGAGGUAAGACUAGUGAGUUGUACAUGUUAAUUAAUACGUUAAAUCGUUUGGCUCGUCUUAGUAAGGCAAUGCUCUUGGAUAGUUUUUUGCAUUGAAUAUCAUUGUGUUUAUGCCAUCUCAGUUCAUCGUCUAAAGUAAUUCCCAGUACUUUCUUAUUGGUCACCUGUUUGAUGUUAUGAUUACCAAUCAAUAUACAUGGUCAUAUGAGAAUUGUUUCAAUUUUCAUUUAGAGGCUAUUAGCAUAAAUUCAGUUUUUUUAACGUUUAAAGUAAGCUUGUUUGCUAUUAACCAGUUAUUGACGUUAUACAAAUCGUUAUUUUGUUUCACUUCUAUGUCCCAGGUGAAUUACCAAUGCUUGAUAUAUUUGUGUCAUCUGCAAACAUAAAUGCCCCUGUUUGUUCGAGGCAGUUAGGAAGAUCGUUUAUAUACAAUGAGAAUAAUAACGGUCCUAAGUUUGAUCCCUGUGGGACUCCGCACCUUAUCUUUUUCAGUUGAGAAUUUGUACCUUGGACUGUACAUAAUUGACUCCUAUUGGUUAAGUACGAUUUGAAGAAGUUAAGGGCUACACCUUGAAUUCCAUAUAGUUCAAGUUUAGCAAGAAGGAUUUUGUGGUCGACUGUAUCGAAUGCCUUUUUGAGAUCAAGAAACAAGACACCAUUUAUUAAGCAUCUAUCCUUAUUCAUUAAAUAUUCAUUGGUUGAUUGCAAGAGAGCAGUUUCAGUAGAGUGAUAUUUACGGAAGCCAGAUUGGCGUUUUGUGAUUAUUUUGUUGUCAUUCAGAAAAUUGAGAAGUUGGUUAUAAACUAUUUUUUCUAACAUUUUUGAAAUUGCCGGUAUGACGGAUAUAGGUCUGUAAUUUCCACAUUCAUUUUUGUCACCUUCCUUAUAGAUAGGCGUAAUCUUGGCCUGUUUUAAGUCGUCUGGAAGUAUACCAACGUCUAGGAUCAAGUCAAAAAUAUAAAGCAAGGUUUCACAUAUAUGGUAUAGCCUGCAGCCUUUAACAGUUUGUUUGUGAUUUUGUCGAGUCCUGCAGCUUUCCCUAAUUUUAUACCAUAUAGUAUUCUGCAUAAUUCUACUGGUGAAAUUUGUCUAAAUGUAAACUUAUUAGAAUUAGCAGUGAUAUAUUGAAGUGGGUCUACAUUACUUGGUGGUAUAGUUUGUGCAAGCUUAGGGCCAAUUUCACAAAAAUAAUUGUUAAACUCGUUCGCUUUAUUAUCGUUACCAGUAACUGUUUGUCCAUUAACUGUGAUCUUGAACAACGAUUGUUGUUGUAGUCGUUCCCCUGUUGAGUAAAUGAUUAAUAAAUCUCCAGCUAUCUUUACUAUUUUUGCAUUGUUCCAGAUUUGUUUUAUAAUAGUGUGCUUUUGCAUAUUAUUAUAAAACAAAUCUGCGCCUAUCCCUAUUGGACGAUUACCUAAUUAGUAAUAAUACGAAAACAUAAUGAGCUCAAUCACCGUGAUCGUGCACAAAUUAACAAAAAACAUAACACAAUGACUUCUGUUUAGUUUCCAGACUAUCAUAUCUUGCCAGACUAUGGCUAAAUAAAGUUCAAACUUAGACAAUAUGUUUGACUUAUCAGAUAACCUGCAGUUAUUUAGUGUUUAACCAUGCAUAUAAGUCAGCUUUUGUACGUUUUAACAGUUGCGUUCCCUUGGAAAUUUCCCUCUUUCCCUUGUUUCCGGUAAAGAUUUCACCAUGUUCUCUUGUUCCCCCAGUUUACUUGUUUUCUUGUUUCCUAUGAUUUCAUUGCAAAAUAUGCCUUGUUCCUGUUCCCUAGCCUCAACAGUCAUAAUCAGUGGCAACGAGCGUUCAUUGAAAAUGAUGUUUAGGUUUUACCAAAAUACACAGGCCAUCAUUCAUUGAUUCAUGUCCUACAGAAGAACCUGAUUUAGUAAGAUUCAUGCAAUGCCACAAAGUUGAACUAUGAUCGUCUUUCUUUAUUUGUUACAAAGGAUUAAGGAGGGAAUAGUUUCUGAAAACGAAUGCAAUUCACCUAUGCGAAAAUGACAUAUAGGGAAUUAAGAUUAAGAUAUUAAGGGAAUAACAUGAGUUUUGGAGCGCUUAUAUUGUAGGUCAAAAAUAAACAAUAUGACCCGACAAAACUCAUGUUAUUAACAUCAUUAUCAAUAUAGAAGAACAAAUAAUUAUAAAUAUAUAAUAUAACACCAACACAAUAUACAAUGUAGACAAUGAAUGCUUUUAACAAUAAGGAAAAACAGUUAACAAUGCAUUAAAAUAUAUAAAAUAUAAACUGCUUUUGUUGUGUUUUUUGCUUGAGCCUUUUUCUCAAUCUCGUCAAGAGCUGCCUUAUCAAGGUCAGAGCUCUGGCUUAAAACAUUUAUAUUUUCGUCUGCAUGUUGAAUUCACGCUAGAGCUAGCCAUAUUUAAUUUCACAACUUUCGUCUCUUGAAAGUUGAAAACACCGUGGGAGCCCGAGAGCAAUCAGAGCACUCAAAUGGUUUCCUUGCCAAGCUGAAAAUUCUGAAUAUUAAUUGGUCGAAAACAAUCAUGAGACGCACGAUUGACCAAUCAUAUGCAGGACAGAAAACGCGUAAUUACCGCCCGUCCGAUUCGUUAUCGGCCCGCGCUUGCGAACGUUUUAAAGAGGGCGGCUUCCCAUUCGGCCUUCUAUAUUGAUAAUAAUAAAUAUUAAUAACGUGUUUCAAACAUUAAAAAAAAAUCAAUAAUUUGUGCGCGGAAACUCAUUCGAUUACCAAGGAAAAGUGAUUUUUAUCAUGACACAAAUGUUGUACGUUUUGUGUUUCAGAUACCUUCGUGAGAAAAAUUAUGACGGGUAUUAUUAUAACAAGUGUCAAAAUUUACGACGAGAUUUGCGCGAGGCAUAUGAUGAGGCAUUCACGAAAUAUGAUGUUCUUAUCAUGCCAACAAUUCCUAAAAAAGCUGCACAAUUUCCUUCCAAGAACCCUUCCUUAUCUGGUGAGUAUACUGAGCCACCUGUAUUGCAAUAG